AUGAGGACUAAUGGCGAAAAUAGUCCAUUUUGAACCCUAUUCUCCCAUUUUAGAACCCAAAAUUCAUUCCCUUCUGCCAUCUCAAAAAUCACACCGCAGCUCUCCCUUCUCUCAGUCAUUCAAGCCCCAUUCCAACCAUCGACGGCGAUGCGUGGGCACUCCGACGGCAUCCCAACGGUAUUGUAGGCGCAUGGAGCGGUGCACGCUGGGGAGGGUCGUGGUGCGAGAUUCGCGGCGGUGUGCGAGGGUGGUACUGGAGACUGCUGGGGCUUGCGGCGUUGGGGUCAAAGCUGCUAGGGAUUUCGGUAGAAAAUUUGUUUAGUGGGCUGUUGGGGUUUGGGCCUAGGUUUAGUUUAUUGGGUUGUUUUACUAUUUGUAAGGCCUGGACCACUUGGGCCGAUUACAAUUAUUAUCCAAGAAAUCUUCCACUCUCUCAAAAAAAUGAAAAGCAAAGUUGGAGCUCUCAAAAUAAAUGAAAAGCAACGUUAGAGCGAUGAUUGUAAAAUUUAAUCGUGAAAAAACUUAUGAUAAGUUGGAAUGAUCUUUCAUUAAAAAGGUUCUCUUUUUUUAA